AGAAUCGGUCACGAGCAGGGAGGGCAUUUGCUGGACGUGGUGAACACAUCUGUUGGCAGUCCCGGUCGAUUGAUGUUAUUACAAAAUACAGCAACAAGGUGAAACGAGGUUCAGCGACUCUUCAGACAAACUCCGAAUCCGAAGGACUUCCAAGACAUCGACCCUGUACUGUGCGUGUGUGCGUCUGUGAGGCAAUGAGCGUGAGAAAUGUUAAACUACCCCCGAAAAAAGCUCGUGAACAAUCGUAACGUUGUGUGAAGUGGUCAUGAAAUUAAAUUAAGUAGUAUUUUAAGCGACUGAAGCACCGCGCGAACGAGAGACAAGAUGCUGCAGAGCGUAAACCGAUGGCCAGUGCGAGGCCCACCGGUCGGCCACGAGUGCCCAUUAGUGCUCGAGAAGAAAGGGUCCACCGUUGUCAAGGGUCGAAGGUGGUGGAGGCCACUUUACCGGUGAACGAGCACCGGUCGGCCCGGAAGGACGAACAAAACUACGCCUCUCCAAACGUCGCCCACAGCACCACAGCUCGAAACCCGCGUUGCUGAAUCUGGAAAGCGUAGCAAAAAAGAGGUGAAGGUGAAAAGGAAAAAUCGCUACCCAUUAGUCACAAUCGCUAGCGGAAGCGGAAGUAGCAGCGGAAGUCGCUGCGGAAGUGAAAUAUCCAGCGGAUCCAAAGGGUCGGCGAAAAAAAAACAAAGACCCGAAAGGAAAAGGAACACCCGCGUCGGCAUUAGACACACUCCACACUCACAAUUUCUGACAAAGGACACCGAAUGGGGCGCAGGCAAAUUAACGCAAACGGAACGCGGAAAACCUGACACCAUAGGAACUGGAAAUGGUGUGCAGUGCAGUGCGAAAAAGUGACAACAUUAGUGUGUGAAGGACGAGUGAAUAGCAAAAACAAAACCACAAGCGAAAGGUUAAAAACUCUCGAACCACAAACGAACGAACACAAACAAACGAACCACGAACAACCGCUGGGGGAGCAACAAUAACCAACAAAAAACACCUCCCGAGGGCGCAAAGGCGUCCAUCGUUUAUAAUACGCACACCAUUAUCAUCGCAACACAAAAUAGAAAGAAAGACAACUCAACCUCCCAGUUACCGGUGGUGAGGAGUUCGCGUUUGAGUGUCUGUGUCUGUGUGUGUGUGUGUGUGUGUGAGUGAAUCCGUGCCGAGAGACCUCAAACUCGAAAGUUUUGGGUGAUAAUUUUCGUGGCCCACCCACCAACCAACACCACCCGGUUGCAGCAGGAAACGAUUUGCCACCAUCAUGCUAAUGGCGCCUAUGAUGGCGCUAAGGGGCACCAGAUUGCGGGGCCGGCGUGGGCCGGGCGGCACAAGGAGAUGCGGUUGCGGUGGCCAGAGUAUGGUCGGCGGUGACUGCAAUCCGUUCAUUUCCACACCGUCGGCCGUAUUUUCGCGAACUUUGCUCGUUACCUUUCUGCUGAUGACGUUCAACGUGAACGUGUGCCAGGUGGUGCAGGCCGCGGCUAGUGCCAGUGCUAGUGCCAGUGCGAGUGCGAGUGCAGCCGCCGGAAUUGAGCGACGACCGAGCGGGGAUCUACAGCGGCCCGAUGGCCUGAAAAUGCAUCACUACGGAAUUACGUCAGCAGCGUCCUCGGCCUCGCAGCACCACGCCAACGGUGCUGGAACAUCAACGGCCGCGUCGUCCGCAGUGUCCGCAGCAGCCCUGCUCGCCGGGGGACUCUCGUCACCGUCGUCCUCGCUGACAGGACCGGCGGAAAAGCCCUACUUUGACGAUGUCAACUCGCGCAACGUAACGACCGUCGUGGACGACACGGCGAUUCUGAAAUGUCGCGUGAAACACAAAGGCGAUAGAACGGUGUCCUGGAUGCGCAAGCGGGACCUGCACAUAUUGACAUCGAACAUCUACACCUACACCGGCGAUCAGCGCUUCUCCGUAAUCCAUCCGCCCGACUCGGACGACUGGGAUCUGAAAAUUGAGUAUGCACAGCAGAAAGAUAGUGGAAUUUAUGAGUGUCAGGUGAACACCGAGCCGAAAAUAAAUCUCGCCGUUUAUCUCGACGUCACAGAUGAACGAGAGUUUGCCCAAGAUUUCUCCAAGUAUGGUCCAAACACUGGAGGAAAGCACUUUAUCGGUGCCAUUGGACUAGGUAAUGGAUCAUAUUUUUUCAGCUUCAACCCCAAUUCCAUGCUCUCCUACAUCUUCCACACACAUACAGUGAGAGUCCUUUUUCAUCUCCCCUUUCCCCCGCAUCACCGCAUCGCUUCCUCGACUCGAGUAAUGAAGGCUGGUUAGUUUUUCGCCAUACUGAACCACCAAAGCCAUGCUGAACAAUACCACAUUAUAUAUCUU